AUGACUAACAGGUGUCUCCUCCAAGUUGCCCUCCUGUUGUGCUUCUCCAUGACAGCUCUUUCCAUGAGUGAUGACUUGCUUCAGUUCAGACUAAGAAGCAGCAGUUUGGAGUGUCAGAAUCUCCUGUGGCAGCUGAAUGCAAGUCUUGAAGAUUGCCUCAAGAACAGGAUGAACUUUGGGAUCCCUGAGGAGAUAAAGCAACCGCAGCAGUUCCAGAAUAUGGACACCACGUUGGUCAUCUAUAAGAUGCUCCAGAAAAUCUUUGAUAUUUUCACAAGAGACUUCUCUAGCACUGGCUGGAAUGAGACCAUUGUUGAGAACUUCCUUGCUAACGUCUAUCAGCAGAUAGACCGUCUGGAGACAAUCGUGGGAGAAAAACUGAAGAAGAAAGACAUCCCCACGGGAUAUACCGUGAGGCUUAUGCGCCUGAACAGCUAUUACUUUAGGAUUGUGGGAUACCUGAAGGCCAAGGAGUACAGCAGCUGUGCUUGGACAAUCGUCCGACAGGAACUCCUCAAGAACUUUUUCUUCAUUAACAGACUUUCAGAUUACCUCCAAAUCUGA